UUCGGACUCGUCUGUGUGUACUUUCCAGAAAAGAUGGCAGCUGUUGACAUCGACGUGCCGGUAGAAACAGAAUCCAAGAUCCGCAGGCAGGACGACAUGGAGCGCCAAGCUGAAGGCUUCAAAGAGCAAGGAAAUGCCUACUACAGCAAGAAAGAUUACUCUGAAGCUUUCAACUAUUACACUAAGGCCAUUGACACAUGUCCCAGAAAUGCCAGCUAUUACGGCAACAGGGCAGCCACCCUCAUGAUGCUCAGUCGCUUUCGAGAAGCUCUAGAAGAUUCGCAGCAGGCGGUGCGUCUGGAUGACUAUUUCAUGAAGGGGCAUCUGCGCGAGGGCAAGUGUCACUUGUCUUUGGGGAAUGCCAUGGCGGCCAGUCGCUGCUUUCAGAAGGUUCUGGAGCUGGAGCCCAGCAAUCGAGAGGCUCAGCAGGAGAAAAAGAAUGCUUCAACUCUGCUGGAGUACGAGCGGAUGGCAGAGUUCGGCUUUGAAAAGCGGGAUUUCAGAAAGGUGGUGUACUGUAUGGACCGGGCCUUAGCGUUGGCUUGCGCCUGCCACCGCUUCAAAAUCCUAAAAGCAGAGUGCCUCGCUUUGCUGGGACGCUACCAAGAGGCCCAGUCUGUGGCAAGUGACAUCCUGCGAAUGGAUUCCACUAAUGCUGACGCACUGUAUGUUCGAGGCCUGUGUCUUUACUACGAGGACUGCAUUGAUAAAGCAGUUCAGUUCUUCGUUCAGGCUCUGCGCAUGGCACCUGACCAUGAAAAGGCCCGGCUAGCCUGCAGGAAUGCCAAAGCUUUAAAAGCCAAGAAAGAAGAGGGCAACCAGGCUUUUAAAAACAGCAACUACGAAGCUGCCUAUAAACUGUAUACUGCUGCGCUGGCGAUAGACCCCAACAACAUCAAAACCAAUGCUAAACUCUACUGCAACAGAGCCACGGCAGGAGCAAAGCUGAAGAAACUUAAUCAAGCCAUAGAAGACUGUACCAGUGCAAUCAAAUUAGAUGACUCUUACAUCAAAGCCUACUUAAGAAGAGCUCAGUGCUACAUGGACACAGAGCAAUAUGAAGAGGCUGUACGUGACUAUGAAAAAGUUUACCAGACAGAGAAAACCUCAGAGCACAAACAGCUGCUGAAGACAGCACAGAUGGAGCUGAAGAAGAGCAAAAGGAAAGAUUACUACAAGGUGCUAGGCGUAGGCAAGAACGCCACCGAGGAUGAAAUCAAAAAAGCCUACCGUAAACGGGCUCUCAUGCAUCAUCCAGACCGUCACAGUGGAGCAACUCCAGAGGUGCAGAAGGAGGAGGAAAAAAAGUUCAAGGAAGUGGGUGAGGCUUUCACCGUCCUCUCGGACCCCAAGAAGAAGAUGCGCUACGACAGUGGGCAUGACCUCGAAGAUGAUGGCUGCUUUGAUGGCGGAGAUUUUGAUGCCAAUAAUAUCUUCAGGGCUUUCUUUGGUGGCCAUGGUGGAGGAUUUAGUUUUGAUUCCAGUCCAGAUUCUGGACCUGGAAAUUUCUUUUUCCAGUUUGGCUAGAGUAAAAAAGCUUGAAAUUAAAGCGCAGCCUGCAAUGAAGAAAAUGAAGUUGGACCCAGUCACCUUUGGAUGCUCAUGCUCCAGAGUGUGUUGCAAAAUUUGCAGAUUCAUUCUUCUUCAAAAGUUUUUGAUCAUUGCAUUCAUGAGUAAAUUCAUACCCUCCAUUGAUGCUAACAGACACAGAGAAGAAUGAUUCACAAGCUGUAUGACAUAACAAUGAACAUAAAUAAGCACUUAGAAGUCUUUAUGAAGACAAUUGUAUCAGCUGAUCAGAGCAUGUUGCAACUGCCAAAAUUGACCUUGUAUUAAACGCUAUCUAAUCUUAUAAAUCAGACUCAGCCUUCAUAAAGCUGGUCAGUAAUAAGGACAUGUAAGCAUGUAAUUUGAUCAUUUUUAGAAGACAUAACAAGGUAUGUUUCAUUAAUGUUCUCCUGGAACAGUGUGUCUCUAUUGAGCGAGAAUCACUGUGCUGAAGAAGUAUAAUGUCUACACUGACCUCAGGACAGCCUCUGAAAACCAAUGCUUCUUCUUCUCUUGCAGAUUUUUCUUUUUGUCCAGGUUUUAAUUGGUUCUCCUGCCAAAACUUUAUUUCUUCUUCAUGCUUCAUUGUAUAUUUGACUCGAAUGUAAAGCAUAUGUUUUUCACCAGUCUUCUUCCAGUUUAUUUAUAUUUAUUGUACUAUAUACCCUUGUAUGCAGCAGAGCCAAUGGUCCUUGUCUUCCACAUUUUUUAAGAAUAAUUUGUAAACAUGUUCCAAUUCAUCCUUGUCACUUAACUUUUUUUUCCCUGAACCAUGCCAAAAUUGAGAUACCUCUAUCUGUGGAAAACAAGCUGACCAGUACUAACAUCCACUCGCUAUUAUACACGAGUCCUAUGUACCAUUCAAAUUCAAGUGGUGCCUUACCCUGAUCACCCAUGCAGUGAAAUCUACAUGAAACCCUGUAGAACAGCUGACAUCCUGUUUGAAAAAGGCUGCAGUUACACCUGUAUAGCAUGUUUUUGUGUUUGUGCACUUUGUAGGAAAACCUUUUUCAUGUCCAGAAAGCAAAUUAAAAUAGAAUUUUGCCAAUGUAGUCCUGUUGAAAACUAAGGAUUUAGUUUUGGUUUUAUGUCAUCUGUCACCAUGCUGUCAUCCUCCUGCUGUGUACUUGUCAUGCACGUUUGGUCAGUGCAGACCUUCCCCUACUUGUUUCACCUGUUUAAAAGGGCAGUGAUAGUAGGUCGGAAGCUUCUCUUGUACAUUGUUCUGUCACUGAUCUAUGUAUAUUUUUUUAACUUGUUAUAGUAUUAACAAGACUUUUUUUUUUUUUUUUUAAUUGUGGAAAAUAAAGAGUAAUCUUUUACU